CUCGCAGACUUGAGAGGACUGAUAAGAAAGGAAUAACGGAUCGGCCGCACUGCCUUCUUGGCGUGCUAUGUUUUUUGGAACUAUGGGGCGUUUUAACUGGAGUAAUACAGUGAUUUUUGCUCUGCAAUGGAUUAGCAUUAUUUCCAAGGUCACAACAGCUGCAGGGACAUUCGAACUUCGCCUCAACUCCUUUUCCAACGACCAAGCCAAGGAUAUCAAUGGACAAUGUUGUGGGAAUAAUACAAGUACUGAUCAGUGUGUCGGACCAUGUAGAACAUAUUUCACAGUGUGCUUGCUCCAUUUUCUUCGCGAAAUUCCCGAGGAACCCUUGCCAGGACAAUGCACAUUUGCUUUCCGGAAUACAUCAGUUUUGGGAGAAAAUUCUUUCGAAGUUCAUGAUGGAUUAAUACAAAUUGAUUUUGAUAUCGACUGGCCGCGUGAUUUUUCACUCGCCCUAGAUGCCUGGCAUGACGAGAGCAGCACAGGGUUCAAAGAUGGAAACCGAAGGCGCCUUGAAACCCUGCGAAUCCAUAGAUCGUUGAACGUCAGCACGACCUGGUCCAACUAUACUUACCCGACGUCGUUGCACACGCUGGACUACUCCUACAGGGUGGUGUGCGCUGAAACCUACUACGGGUCCCAGUGUCGAGACGCCUGUAUCCCGAAAGAUGACCUCUUUGGGCAUUACUUGUGCGAUAAAGAUGGUGGGAGAGUCUGCAUGGACGGAUGGGAAGGCAACUGGUGCGAACAUGCCGUUUGUUCAGAAGGAUGUGUGCAUGGUUCCUGCGACUCACCUAACUCCUGCAGGUGCGAUAAUGGGUACAAAGGAACAGCAUGUGACCAAUGCGAGACCUACGCUGGCUGUGAGCAAGGGACUUGUACCGUACCAGGGGAGUGCGUCUGCAAUGUAGGCUGGGGAGGACUCCUAUGCGAAAGAGAUCUGAACUACUGCACCAACCAGCAUCCAUGCAUGAAUGGUGGAACGUGUCGCAAUGAAGGACCCCUGGGCUUCCAAUGCUACUGUCUACCUAGCUUCACUGGACACACCUGUGAGACAGCCGAGACUUGUCCUUGCCUCAAUGGAGGUACUUGCAGGAGUGGUUCUGAUGGCUACACGUGCCUCUGUCCUGGUGGUUACACUGGGGAUUUAUGCCAGACGCAAGUUCCUCGAUGUGACUCCAACAUGUGCAUGAAUGGCAGCACAUGUUCUGAAACAUUCGAUGGCUACCGUUGUGCCUGUCAAGAGGGUUACACCGGCACUCACUGCGAGAUCCGUGACCACUGCUCUUCAUCGCCUUGCCGCAACGGAGCUACAUGCCUGAACAACAACGUGGCCUACCAAUGCAGAUGUCCAGAUGGCUUCCGUGGAGAUCGAUGUGAGGAGAACCUCUGCGCAACACAUGGAUGUGAAAACGGUGGUACCUGCCGCGCGGAAUCUGAUUCGGUCCAUUGUGAAUGUCCUCGAGGAUUUAACGGUGAUCACUGCCAGAACAACGUCAACGACUGCGUCGCGUCACCAUGCAAGAACGGUGGAGUUUGCUUCGAUUUGGUGAAUGACUACCGUUGUGAAUGUGCCUUCGGAUUCGGCGGACCCAACUGUAGCGAUCAUUUCACUGUUUGUGAUGGAGACAAUCCUUGUGAAAAUGGAGGAACCUGUCUGCAAGAUGUAAUGGGAGGAUUCAUGUGCGAGUGUGCUGAAGGAUGGAUAGGUACAACAUGUACGCAAUCGACUGGUAAAGAGCAAACACCGAAGCCUUCUACAGACUGGCAGCGUGGUUCCCAACAGCCUAACCUCCGUGCUACCAGUUCACCCAUCACCAACUUUGGAUUAUCGGAUACCAUGCAGCUGGCUAUCUACGUUGCUUUUGGAUUAUUGGUCAUUGUGCUCGUCAUUAUACUGAUUAUUGUAGUGUACAGGAAACAACAUCACCCUGAUCCAAGACAAAACGACCUGGAAUCAAAUACGACAUCGACACCAAAUAACAGGAAUAGGCACACAUAUAAAGACAAUUUUUCGCAAGAGGAAAAAGUACUGCCUCUCUUGAGCAUAAGUGAAAAAGUGUGCAACAAAGAGCAGGACACAUAUAGCAAAGCGUCGCAAAAUACGUCGUCAGCUUUGCAACAAAAAAAAACAAAUCAUUACUCAAUUAAAGAGUAUGAAGGGCCGCCGCCUUCAGUGAACAAAUUGAUGAUUAUUCCAACGUCAUCAAGUAUGAACUAUGCGCCACAAGCAAGACAAUCUUUUCCGAGAUAUGACUCUGAAGAAUAUUAUUAUUAUGAUGAAAAAUCAGUGCAACUUAAGAGAACAGACUCAUUGCAAACGCCUAGUCAAAGUUCUUCAUCUCAGAGUACGCCUAGACACACAGGGACGUGCCCCAUCUCACAAAUAUCGGCUGUGGUCGAGGAUAGUAGGGGAACGACAACGUCGACGUCUGUCGGAUUACACGCAACUGAGGUAUGAGACAAGAAGAGGGGGAAGAUGUUGCAAUAUUAUUUUCUUCAUGCGCUAUGUAUUCAACGCUAUCACCCACUGCCAUGGAACAGCGCCGCUCAUAGGUGGAUACCCAACGAGAGAAAGAGAGAAGGAGAGACUUAAUAAAUAAAAUGGAGGGCGCCGAACUAAUUGAUCUAAAUAAAUAUCUUUUAAGAAAAAUUAUCGCCACCAAAUUCUAUGCACCGUUUAAUCUUUCAUGCCAUACCAGGUUAUC